UACUGCACAGUAACUAACUGGGCAUAAAUUUGAUACCUGCAUGAUGUAGGUAUCAAAUUUACAUUUAAACUGGCAUAAGUUGCCACACUUACCGCACAGUACAGGCAUGCACAUAUAGAUGUGUGCCUGCCCUGUGCAGUCAGUUUGGUUACUACGCAGUAAAUGCACACAUGUAGACGCACCCACAGAUGCCUAUUUGGAUUUUCAAAAGUGCCUUGAUGCCUUCAAAAGCUCCAGCUUGGCCUAAAAUGCUCUGUUCAUUUUCAAAAUCCCUUGGGCCAGAUCCCCAAAGAUGCCUAGCUCCCAUCCUUUAGAGAUCAGAGCAUCUCUCUGCUUCAGAUGCCCAAGCAUGGAACAAACCCUACAGGAGUAGAGAGAGUGCAGGCUUCUCCACUGCUGCCCCAUCAAUGUACUUUUAGUUCUUUGGGUCUCAUAUAAUCUUGCCCUUGGCCUCUCUGCCCCAGGGGCAUCGGAAUGGCUUUUUUUCUCUAAAACAUUCCCAGAUGAAUGCAAUAGGAAGCAAACUGGGAUUUGGUGGUGGAGUGCAUGUCCUUGAUUUUUCAAUCUAGCUGAGCUGUACUUGGUCAGAACUAGGUGCAAAAGUCACUGAAUGUCACCUUUGCGCCUCUCCUCUGAUGCAUGGGCCGGUUUUCUUAAGUAAGAACAGGUUCAAGGCAGCUCUAACAUAGGCUAGUUUAUAAGGAUGCCAAAACGCUGUUAGAUCAUCUAGGGAUUACCAGAUAUCAGCCGUACUGUGGCCACUGCCAUCUCUCCCAUUCCAUGUUUCCAAAUAGGGGAAAUCCAGAGGCCCAAUUCAAGCAGCACAAAGGAGCUAUAGCAGGGCCCAGGAUCUAGUUUCACUGUCCCUUUCCCACACCCAUCUAAAAGUUCCCCUUAAACAAUCUGCUUGCAGCAGCCCCACCCUAAAAUUAAAUCUGUGCAGAUGCUAAACUCUUCUCUGUAGAUUUUCUUCUUCAUGAAGGCAGCAGAAAGAAGAUCCUUCCUGGUUCAGAUCUCUCUCCUCUCUGCCAGGCUCAGCCUCAUUACUCAUUAACACCUUCUUUGUUAACCUGCAGCAGCCUGCAGUGCAAGGUCCUUGUUCAGAGCAGAAAGCACACAGUUGUUCUCGCACCCUGCCCCAGCCAGUCACACCUAACUAAUCUGCCCAGUGACAUCUCCUCUGUUUUUCAUCUCCUGGGCCACAGCAAACACCUUUCAGCUGUGACUUAUGAGCUAGUGAUCAAGGCAGUCUCAGACAGCUGGAAAGAAUCCACUGCACAACUCCUGUUAAUUUUUACCUGUAUUGCUCUCUACACCCAGCUGCACACCGAAGAAGCAGUUUGAUCUGUGUCCUGCCCAGACAAGCCCUGGCUCCGGGAUCCCUCCUGGCUGCGUGUAUUGACUGGAACAAUAAUGACAUGGUGACUUCCAGUGCCUUCCAGAGAGGUGUUUUUGACACUAAGGUGCCUUUGAGAACAAGCCAUUUGCCCAAAAUAACCCAACAGUGAAGGAGCAGCCCAGUCUGUGUCUCUGCUAACUCACUAAACUCAGGAGACAGAAAAACCCAGCUACAAGCCCUUUACACAUGCAGUGUAGCACAACAGCAGCUAUAGUGUCUAAGCCCAGGCUAUCUAUGAAUCACUGGAGGGCAAUUUGUCUGAUUAGAGUGAGGGGCAGCUCCCUGGACGGUCUUCAGACUUCUGCCCCAUUUGUUUCAUGGAGACAACAGUAACUCGCAGAACUGUGAGGGUUAAAUAAGUACUAUCCGUGAACUGCUCUAAACUCUGUAAACAACGGGAACGUAGAGGAUGGAAAUGCCAGGCCAAAAAUCCCAUGUUCCCACAGUCAGAGAUUAUGAGGAUGACUGAUGUUGGACAUUGCGGUAGCAUCUAGGGCCUCCAGCACGGACUCGAACCUCACCGUGCUGGGCGCUGUACCGAGGCAGAACAAAGAGGGGGUCGCUGCCCCAAAGUGUCUACAGUCUAAGGACCUGAUGGCUGACUCAGAGCCCCCUUUGGAGUCACCAUUGGAUGAUGCAAGUGCAGCCCUGGACCCAGAGGAAGAUGUUACAGAAACCCCUUUAUAUUUGGAAGUGGAAGCUGACCCCUUGGAGUUGCCUGUGGAUGUUGCAAGCAGCCUCUUGGAGCCAGAUGCUGCUGAGUCCCAGAGCUUGACCAUUGAGGAGGUGGGGGAGCGUUUCCAGGAGUGCAUUGAUGCAGUGGAGCAGCUGGAGAAGGAGAGGGAUAAUCUUAUCCAGGAGCUCACACUGCUCCGGGAGCCUGUCCUGCAAGAAAUCAGACAAGCCCAUGAGGAGAUAUUGACGGCUUACAAACUACUUGCCAAAGUGGAGCUGGAGCGGGACAACCUCAGGGAUGAGAUCCGACAGAUCAAGCAGAAGCUGUUCAAAGUGACCAGGGAGUGCGUGGCUUGCCAGUACCAGCUGGAAAACAGACGGCACGACAUGGCCCAGUAUGCUGCCUACAGGGAUGAACUGGAAUCCAGGGUCAGCGAGCUCUCGGAGGAGCUGUCCCAGCUGAAAGAGACUUGUGAAAAGCAGAAGGAACAGUUCAGGCAGCAGCUGGAGGCACCCCAGAGCCGCAGGGACAGCCACUAUCUGCAGGAGAGCCGGAGGCUUUCCAUGGAGUUUGAAAAUUUUGUGGCGGGAGCCCGCGGGGGCCGGGAGGAACACUGGGAGCCACAGCUUGCGCGCCUGGUGGAAAGGAGGGAGGCCAGUGCCAAGGCUCUGCAAAAAAUGCAGGGAGAAAUUCAGGGGCUGAAGGAGGUGCUGCGACCACUGCAGGGAGAGGCCAGCAAGAUGCGCCUGCAGAAUAGGAGGCUGGAGGAACAGAUUCUGCUCAUCAAGCAGAAACGGGAUGAAGAAGUUCUCCAGUACAGGGAACAGGUAGAAGAGCUGGAAGAGAGGCUGAGGGAACUGAAGAAUGGGGUCCAACUUCAGCAACGCAAAAACCAGGAAUUGGAAGAGCUGAGGACAAGCCUGCACCAGGAGCUCUCCGUUUACAAGGGCUGCUUAGAAAUCUAUGGACAGUUUUGCAAGUCAGAAGAAAAAGCAGACCAAGACUUCUAGAGGUGUGGACUUUCCCCCACUUCUUUCUGCUGAAAAGAAAUGUGACAGCAAGAUAACUGUAGAGGAUACUUCCAAUUCACUCUUGCUGCUCACACUAACCCUAACGAUGUAUAGCGGCUGCUGUCAGGAUUACUAGACAAUCAUUUGCUUGGUUAUAUUUCUUGAGGUGCUGCUCUGUUGCUCUUCUAGUUUAGUAGAAAAUAGUGAAGGAGAGAGGUAUUACUUGCACUGAAUAAUGAACAUAUGUAAAAGAGCAAAAAGAUGUAUGUUUUGCUCUGUGUUUGGAAAGCUAAUCUUGUCUUGUUCCAUAAGUGGAUUGUAUAAGUCUGCAUAGAAAGUAUCCUGGAAGCCUAUGGUAUGAUUUUUUUUGUUUGUGCAAAACACUGUCCUUUUAAACAGGAUUGUUUCUUUUGUAAUUCAAAGGGUCUCUGCUAUGUUGUGACAUAUUCCAGUAUGGGCCACAGAAACUGAACUCCUGUAUAAAUGGUUUCCACUUUAUAUAUUAAAAAAAAAAAAAUUCACCUUGAAAAAAAAUAAAUAAAUAAAGGCUCA